UUAAGAAUUUUCAGUGUACGCUGGUGUUGCUGAAAUUAACCCCACCAAGCGUAGCUUGGGCGGAAUUCAUAUCGUAAUACAUUACGGUUUAUAAUGUAUUUUGUAAUACGGUAUACUAUUAAUAUUUACAUUAUUCUUUUGAGAGUGUAAUAAUUACAAAGGAGAAAGAAAAUGUUGAGAUUUCUUUCAAGACGACGAGGUCGUAGUGUUACUGGGCAAAACAACUCGUCCCAGAUUAAAAAUCAGAGGUUACUUAGCAAUAAAAAUGUUGUGCAAUGUAGAGUUGUUUUAUUAGAUGGUACUGACUUGCCUAUCGAAUUAUCGAAAAAAGCACUGGCUAGUGAUUUGUACGAACAGGUUUUUUAUAGUUUAGAUUUGAUUGAAAAAGAUUAUUUUGGAUUGCAAUAUACAGACAGCAAUAAUGUUCAACAUUGGUUGGAUCCAACUAAACCAAUAAAGAAACAAGUCAAAAUUGGACCACCAUAUACACUACGACUUAAAGUAAAGUUUUAUUCCUCGGAGCCUAACACAUUACGUGAAGAAUUAACUCGAUACCAAUUCUUUUUACAAUUAAAACAUGAUGUAUUAGAAGGUAAACUUCAUUGUCCGCAUCAAGUGGCCGUUCAAUUAGCUGCCUUGGCUCUUCAAUCUGAACUAGGUGAUUAUGAUCCAACAAUGCAUAGUGCAGCAACCGUAUCAGAAUUCAGAUUUGUCCCAGGGCAAACAGAACAGAUGGAAUUAGAAAUAUUAGAAGAAUAUGCCAAAUGUUCAGGUCUCAGUCCAGCGCAAGCAGAAUCGGCUUAUCUCAGUAAAGCAAAAUGGUUGGACAUGUACGGAGUUGACAUGCACACGGUUCUUGGAAAAGAUGCUUGUGAAUAUUCGUUAGGUUUAACACCAACUGGUAUACUCGUUUUUGAAGGAAUGCAGAAAAUAGGUUUAUUCUUUUGGCCUAAAAUAGGUCGUUUGGAUUUCAAGAAGAAAAAGUUAACUUUGGUAGUGGUAGAAGAAGAUGACGAAGGAAGGGAACAGGAACAUACGUUUGUUUUUAGACUAGUCAAUGAGAAGGCAUGUAAACAUUUGUGGAAAUGUGCAGUUGAACAUCAUGCUUUUUUUCGUUUACGUGCUCCAGUCAAAGGUACAAGUGGGCGUCAAAAUUUCUUUCGCAUGGGUUCACGUUUUCGUUACAGUGGAAAAACAGAAUUCCAAACUACUCAAUUGAAUCGUGCUCGUCGUACUGUUCAGUUUGAACGCCGACCGAGUCAAAGAUAUGCGCGUCGACAAAGUCAUGUUCUACGAGAACGUCAACGCCAACAAGUUGAACAGAUACAGCCACCGCCUACAACUGAAGAAGAACCUCUGCAACGUCAAUCAAGUCACACUAGUACAAAAUCAUCAGAGUCCAGUGUUCAAGGAGCGUCGUCACCUUUGGUAGAUUCUUUAUUAAAAUCUCUUGCUAAGGAUCAGCAACCUCUUGAACCAAGAAAUCAAACAACUGUUGUUAAUACUGAAAAAGAAUCAGAACCUAUGAAACCUACAUUGCCUGUUGAAAAUCAAGUAGCUAAUCAAGUGCAAUUAGUACCUAAUAAUCAGGUCGGUGGUACUUCAUCGUUACCACCUCGUACUCCUAUACCGCCAGAAUCACUUAAAUGUAACAUAUUGAAAGCAAAAGCUCUCGAGCAGGGAAAAAAUUCUAAUUUAAUAUCUAUCACAUCUGUAGAUGCAUCUGCAGUUACAGUUAAAAACAGUCAACAUUCCGAUGCAGCUACUAUCGUUUCAGUGGGUGGAGACAAAUUAACGCUUUCUGUAAGCGGAGCUGAAGUAAGUCCAGCAGCAGAUUCCACUGUAACUGUAACACAUUUCUCAUUGGAUAAUUGGGGCCAAAUAGAACAAACGACAACACCAUUAAGUCCAAAAUCAAAUCAAUCACAAAAUCCAUUCAAUCCGUUUACCAUCGAUAGUAAGAAUGAAGUAAUGACUAACGAAGGCUCUGAAACUACUACUGACACAGUCAGUACAGAAGAUGAAAGCAAAAAGAAUACGAAUCCUUUCAUAGAUUCUAAUCCAUUUUUGGGCUUAUUAAAUCCAUUUAAAGAAUUACAACCAACAGUAGAAAAGAAAAAUGAAGCAGAUGCUGCUAUUAUUACUACUCCUAUUACUCCUACUACUCCUACGACUACGACUACGACUACGACUAGCGAUAAUAAAACAGCUCAAGCAAGAGUUGUUAAAACAGAAGAGAUUCAAACAAUAAGAACAACAAUUACACACAAGGAUGAUAGCCCAGCUGUUUCGGAUAUCAGUCCAUGGUUAGUAGCAGAUCCGUCGCAAACUGCAACAACGGAACAAUCACCAGGCAAACAAACAGUCAUAACUAGAAAGACGGUAAUAACAACACAACUAUAAAUCAAUGAUCAUAUUAUUUAUCUUUUUAUAUUUUAACUCGCAACAUUCCUAUCACAUUCGACGAAACAACGGCAGCUAACUAAUAUGACUUUUAUUUUCAGUCUAUUUAUUAUCUUUUUUUUACGUCUCAUUUAUUUUUUUAUUAUUAUUUUUUCCCCUAUAAA